UCUUUUUCUGGAUUUUCCACAGGUUACGUGUGAAUCACCUUCUUAAAUGUGGUGCUUUAUGUCCGCAUGAAGUUGAACAGUUUUAUGUGAAAUACUUGGAGUCCUUAGUGAUGGAAGGCGGAUGACGGGUGUUGGACGUUCGGCGGGCAGUUGGUGAACGUUUUCAGAAAUAGGGGAAAAAUGACUGCUGGAUCGUGGAUGCGAACGCUGACUCGGUCCUCUUUUGUGCCUAUUCUGGUCGUGCUCGUUUUCAGUGGGAUUGUGAUUCAACAACAAGUCUUUCUUCUCCGGCAGCGCGUGGAAAAUUUGGAAAUGGCACUUGGAGUUGAACGUGCUGCAACGAGGAGCUCCGGAUCGUUGCUGAAUCCCAAGCCUGCACAGGCUCCGUUGGUGAUCUAUAACCGCGUUCCGAAGACCGGUUCUACGUCUUUCAUGGGUGUUGCGUAUGAUUUAUGCACGAAAAAUAGCUUUCACGUUUUGCAUAUCAACACAACGAAGAAUUCGCACGUGCUUUCAUUGCCUGAUCAGGCCCGUCUUGUUCAUAAUAUAACCGAAUGGGUUGAAAAACGUCCUGCCAUUUAUCAUGGACACCUUGCUUACGUAGAUUUCAACCGGUUUGGUGUCGCGGACCCACCGAUUUAUAUCAAUAUUGUCCGACGUCCGUUGGACAGAAUGGUUUCUUAUUACUACUUCUUACGAUAUGGAGAUGACUUCCGUCCGCACCUGAAACGACGGAAGAAAGGCGAUAAAAUGACUUUUGACGAAUGCGUGGAGAGCGGACUGCAGGAAUGUGACCCGAAAAAUUUGUGGCUGCAGAUACCAUUUUUCUGUGGACAUGCAGCUGCGUGCUGGGAGCCUGGGAAUGCGUGGGCAUUGGAACAAGCUAAGCACAAUCUGGUGCACAACUAUUUUCUAGUCGGUGUCACUGAGGAGUUGGAAGAUUUCGUGGCUAUUCUGGAGUACGCCUUGCCCUCAUUUUUCAAAGGAGCUCAGCAGCAAUUGAUUGAUGGUAACAAAGGCCAUUUGAGAAAGACGAGCAAUAAGACGACGCCUAGUGCGAGAACAGUCGUCGCCAUACAAAGCAGCGAAGUCUGGAGAAUGGAGAACGAAUUCUACGAAUUUGUCCUCGAAAAUUUCCACGCGGUGAAAAGACGCGCUCUCGUUUUGCAGUCCAAUUCAGACGAUGAGGCCGACGCUACGUUGACCAGGGACCGUGUGCCAGAAAUAAUGGCAGAAGUGGGACAGAAAUUCCAUUUUGAAAAGAUACGACCCAAGUGAACAUGGUUGCUUUGACUAUUGUUGAAUUUCGCUUUUUUUAUUUUUGUCAGGGUGUGGCCAUGUGUGUGUAUGGUGAUAAGUUUUGCAUUCCUUUGUUAGGCCAGUUUCCGAGUUUUGUUUUGCGAAGUACCUGAGCCAAUCAAACCAGCAUUCAUCGAAUUGUGUACAUUUGACGUUUCAGGAUUAGGCGUUUGGAGUUGGAACAAAAUUUUGGAGUUUACAGCGAUGUUCUGAUCAUUGUUGAAUUUGCACUGUCAGUGUAUUAUGGUAGCUUAUAUGUUUUUAUGCCAAGUUCAGUCAUUUUCUCCCCAGUUUGGCUCGAUUCCGUAAAUUUAGUGAAUUUUUUUUCUGACGGUAAAGAUAACUUGCAUUUUCGCUUGAAACAUUUUUUGUUUCUAAGGGGAGCAGCUUUUUCUUUAAAAGUUCGAGUCUGAUCGUAACUGAAGCUAUUUUUGAAGACGUUGGUGCAUUGGUAUUUCUGAAAGGAGCAGCGUUGAAAUUUUUCGAUGAUCGAAGAGGUUUUAUUCGGUUUCUGAACCGAAAACGAAAGUAUACUGUAUUUGCAACAGCGCCAUAUGAACGAAUGCUAUCGUUUUUUCUCUUGCCGU